GACAUAGUGUCAGAGAGAGGGAGAGUGUGGACCUGUGGACUCAGAGCUGUCAUCUGCUAGAGCUUUGAACUCGUGUUCUUUCUGUGGAUUUUCUCCUGACACUUCCUGGAGGGAGGAAUCAGUCUGUCUGCGUCACCUAGAGGAAUCUUGUUUUUAGAUCUGAAGGAAGUUUUUGUUUUCCCAGCUGAGUGUGACAGAGCAUCUCUGAGACCCUGUGGUGUCGCGUACGCGUGGAGGCUGAUCAGCAGAGACUUUCUGUCUCGUUUUGAGGUCACAGGUCAUCAUUCCAAACCAGCAUCAUCUUCUGCAGGCACAAGGCGUCUAUUCAAGGAGCCUGGAUCUGCAGGAAGAGAGAGAGAGGCAGAGAAAAUAAACACAGCUUUAAAAAAAAAAAGACGCUCUUCAUGAAUUCCCCCAAAACCUGAAAGACAAAUACUGCGAGUUGGCUGGCGGUCCUGAGGAGGCAUCCGGACGAUGAGUAUGGCUUGGCUCCGUAUCCCAGCCUACACUCUCCUCCUUGUUGUCUGCUUUCAUACAGCUGUCAUGGAAAACGAUGUUACUCCACGCCUCACCUUCUCCUACAAUGCAAAGGAGAGGACAACCAGAAGUUUCUCAGUCGGCGGCGUCUUCAACUACACCUCUCUCCUUCUCAGUAAAGAAGACAACAUGCUGUAUGUCGGCGCUCGGGAGAUUCUCUUUUCUCUCAACCUUACUGACAUCAGCGCAGUCAAGCUACACAGAAAUCUCACGUGGAAAACUCCUGAGAGGAAGAGAGAUGAGUGCAGUUUCAAAGGGAAAGACCUGCAGACGGAUUGCUUCAACUACAUCAAGAUUUUACUACAUGUGAACAGCACUCAUCUGUACGUGUGUGGAACAUAUGCCUUCAGCCCCACCUGUGCUUACAUAAACACUGCAGAUUUCUCCCUCGUCAAGAGCCGUACUGGUGAGAUUGUUACAGAGGAUGGACGAAGCCGCUGCCCGUUCAACCCCGAAUACAAGUCCACUGCUAUCAUGGCUGAUGGAGAGCUGUAUGCUGGUACAGUCAGUAAUUUCCAAGGAAAUGAACCCAUCAUUUACAAGAGUCUAAGCCAAGGAACUGCUCUAAAAACAGAAAACUCACUCAACUGGCUUCAAGACCCGGCCUUUGUUGGCUCUGCCUACAUACAGGAGAGCCUGCCCAAGGGCAACCUAGUGGGUGAUGAUGAUAAGAUUUACUUCUUCUUCAGUGAAGCAGGGAAGGAGUUUGAUUUCUUUGACAACACCAUUGUGUCACGUAUUGCUCGCGUGUGUAAGGGUGACAUGGGAGGAGAGAGGGUUCUGCAGAAGAAAUGGACGACCUUCUUGAAGGCUCAACUCUUGUGCUCCCUGCCCGAUGAUGGCUUCCCUUUCAACAUAAUCCAAGACAUGUUUGUGGUGACGCCCAGCCCCGAAGACUGGAAGAACACUGUGUUUUAUGGAGUCUUCACAUCUCAGUGGUAUAAAGGUGCUUCAGGAAGCUCUGCAGUGUGUUCCUUCACCAUGGACCAGGUGGAAAAAGCGUUCAAUGGGCGAUACCGUGAGGUCAACCGAGAGACUCAGCAGUGGUACACAUACAACCAUCCGAUCCCGGAGCCUCGGCCUGGUGUGUGUAUCACAAACGCUGCCAGGGAACAGGGCAUCUCCUCCUCGCUGCACAUGCCAGACAAGGUGUUGAAUUUUGUCAAAGACCACUUCUUGAUGGACGGCGUGAUCCGCAGCCAGCCUCUCCUGCUAAAACGUAAUGUUCGCUACACGCAGAUCGCUGUCCAUCGAGUCCAGGCAGCAACAAAGGCGUAUAAUGUGCUCUUCAUUGGCACAGAUGAUGGGAGACUUCAUAAAGCCAUCAAUGUCAACAACAAGAUGCACAUCAUUGAGGAGAUGGUGCUCUUCAGUGAUUCCCAACCAGUGCAACACAUAGAGCUGGACACUGACAAGGGUCAGCUGUAUGUUUCCUCUUUCUCCGAACUGGUGGAGGUCCCAGUAGCUAACUGCACUAAUUAUCAGAGCUGCGGGGAGUGCAUCCUCUCCAGGGAUCCUUACUGUGCCUGGAACGGGAGGCAGUGUGUGGAUGUCAGACAGGCUCCACCGAGCAAUGCCUGGCAGCAGGAUGUGGAUGAAGCAGACACAUCAGCUAUUUGCAGCAAAACAGUGCCAAGCCCACGGUUUGCUAAACCUCCACCUACACGAAUGUCUUCAUGCCAGAUGAUCAUUAUUCCAGCCAACACGUUCAAGGUACUACCAUGCAAGCUGCGCUCUAAUUUGGCUGAAAGGAGGUGGGAGUUCAGCGAGAGUGCGGGUCACUUCCAUUACCCCAGCCCAGAAGGGGGGCUAGUAGUGGUAGCUCAAGCUGACAGGCAGGAAACCUAUGAGUGCUGGUCAGUGGAAGAAGGCUUUAGACAGCUGCUGGCAAACUACUGUGUGAGGGGCGAGGCCAAGUGGGAGAGCACCACCCUGACGGGGCGUUCACGUACACCACAGAUCUCCCAGGGGGAGUUCAUCAUCCUGCCAGGAGAGGCCCGCUCCCCGCAGAUCAACACAAAAACCUACUGGAAUGAGCUGAUAGUGGUGUGCGCCCUCCUGGCGUUUUCCCUGGUGGUGUUCUCUCUAUAUGUGAUCUACAGGAACCGCAGCCACAUGAAAUCCAUGCUCAAGGAGGGCGAGUGCCCCAACAUGCAGCAGAAGAAGCCCAGGAUAGUGGCAAAACCGGCUGAGAACUUGCCGCUAAACGGCAACACAGUCCCAGCGUCUGUGUCAGACCACAAGGGCUACCAGACCCUUAACGACAACUACAUCUGCAGCACUCCACCGCACGAGUGCUCAUCACCCGACAACAGCAAGAGCUUCUCAGAGUCGGAGAAGAGGCCUCUGAACUUGAGAGAGAGCCAUGUAGAGAUUUCCCCGACAUGCCCACGGCCACGAGUCAGACUGGGCUCUGAGAUUAAAGACUCUAUAGUGUGAGGCCAGCGUCAUGUUAUGUGGAGUGACUCAUUUUACACUGAAAAGAAAGAGUGCUCUUGCUGAGAAAGACAAACCCCUAUAAGAGGGACAACUGAGGAACAUCAGACUCGUCAUGGAGAGACAUUUCAUCACACAGAUUUUGCACUUUGUUUUUUGUUCUGUCCCUGUGGUCAGUGUACAUUUUAUUCUAUUUUCCUCUCACACCCCUGUGCAUUUGAAGCACACUGAAGAAGUUCCAGUUUGCCUUCAGACUUUCUGACGCUUUCACGUACGGCUCACAGGAAUGUAAUAAGCGUAGAGGUGGUGUCACAACUACGAUUGAAUUUCACAGCAUUGCCACUCAGUCCGUCCAUAAAAUCUGCUGGUAAUGCUUUCAAAAGGCAGAGGGAUAUUCUAACAUGUUCCUUUCCCGCUAACAGCGGACACAGUGUUUGCUGUUGUAUUUUCAUUCUGUCGUUCUGGUUAUGAGCCUACCCUUCGCCGAGGCUAUGCACUAUGUUACUGUUCUGUAGCAAAGUAAACACUCACACCAGAAUAUACAUACAUAAUAUAUAACUAAAGUCCUGUCAGAUCUUUUUUUUAGAUAGCCAGUCACAAAAGGUUUACUCUUAGUUUUUUGCAUAUAUACAACACAACUAUAAAGUGAAAGGAAACGCAAUCACCUCAAUCACUACACACCAAAAUAAUAAUAAUAUUAUAUAAUCAUGAAUGAAGAUACAUUGUGCUUUAUUUAAAGUAUUGGUAUUAUUAGUCUAUACAACUAUUCCUCUGUGGAAGCCUGAUUUUCGACGGGGUUUUCUGUCACCAAAUGUGAUAAAGGGAAAAAAAUAAAAUAAAAAAUCUCAUUCCAGGUAUUAUUAUGCUGUUCUUUGUGAGAUAGGCAGUCUAUGCAAAGCAAAUAAUGUGAAGUGGGGUAAUCACCAAGAACACCUCACCUCGAGACUGAGUAAGCACAAAGGUGUUGGCGCUGUUAAUUACGUUAGGAUCUGUGGCACUGCAAACACACACACACCCACGCACAUAAACACACAUACACACAUAUGCAUGCACGCACACUCGCUGUCAUUACUCUAUAAAGUAUGCAAGAGAUUUUAGCCAUUUUGGUGUGUUUCAUGAAGGAAGACUGGCCAAACGUUUCUUCUACAGAGAGACAUCGUUCAUAGUCUUUAAUGUGUGUCACUAUUCUCAAAGGGAAAUAAUAAUACAUAUUUAAAUACUGCACUGCUUCAUAAUCUGAUUUAAAUAACACAUAUCUGUAUAGCCUCAACUUUGAUAUACAUAUUAAUUGAUGAGCAUUAAUGAAUGGAAGAAAAUACCCUCUGCUUGCUUAAAUAGUUUUAAAGGCAACCAUAAAGGCAAUAAUUUUCAUUCUCAUCCAGUAACAAACAUAGAUCCAUUUUAAUUAUCUUGAUUAGACAUCUUCUUAUUCAGAAAUAAUGAAUGAUAAACAAUAUGAGCUACCAAACAUGUGAAUCAAAUGUUAGAGGAACUUGAUAGCAUUUUUAAUGUCAUACAUUACAAUAUUACUUACUUGAGUUUGGCUCUAGUGUUGUAAUGCGGCCAGCAAAAUUACAAUUUCACAAAAAUGCAGGAAAGUGGACUGCUCGACUCAGAAUGCAUAGUAUUUGCACAUGGUGUUGAAAAGCCUUAGUACAAUGCAGGUUAUUGAUUUGACAACAAAUCUGCCUUGGGGAAAAUGGAUAAUGCCUUUUGAAACAAUAAUCAAGAGAUGUGCCUCUUGGGAAAUUAACUAACCAGGUAGUAGUGCUGUAGAGUCACAUGCUACACUGCAGGUGUGACAGGACUGCCCACGCUCAGAAACACGAGAGACUACAUGGAAUACAUGUAAUUUAAUACUGUAAGCGUUGUACAGUAUGUGCUCAUGAGGUGACUUUUUAUUUUUUUUGUUAUGGUGGCUUCAACUUCAAGUCAGGGACUACAUUUUACUCUAAAAUGGUAGCACAUAAAUAACCACUGGCUGAUUUUAAAAUAUUGAAUUAUAGAUAAACAUUAGUAUUAUGUUACAUUUCUUGUAAAUGGCAAAAAUGACAGUGGUCGGCUAUAAUCAAUCAUGCAGGGUGAAAAAUUCAUGCUUUGACUGUUAUUAAAAACACACAAAGGGCAGCUUUUGGUGAAGUGUCUGUCAUCAGAACAAUAUUAAAUUUGCUAAGUGCAGAACAAACAUAAAGUGGCAGUGAUUUUAGUAAAAUAUGUGCAGGUACUGAACAUGCUUUUUUUUAAAUACAAGCCUAAACUAUUAAUGCCACAGUGAAAGUAUCGUCUGCUCUCUCUCUUAAUGAACCACUAUAGUCUGGCCUUCUAUUCGUGACAGUACAAGUUGCUCAGACUCUUGUCAUCCUGUAUUGUAAGUAAAAGUAGUUUUUAUGUAAAGUUGUUUUGUAAAUUCAGCUGCCAAUGUAAAAUAUUGUGAAUUGUAUUUUUUUUUUGUAU